AUGAAUGAUCAACUGAUUGUUUAUGCUAACAAUGUGUAUUUGGAAUAUAUAGUAUUUCUUGCUCCAUUUUCUACUUCACAACUCUGUAUAGUUAAUAUUACUGAUUUGGGUACUAAUAAUAUUCAAUGUGAUUUUGUCUACAGUGUUGUUACAUCAAAGAAUCAAACAACAUUACCUUAUUUUGUUUAUAAUUGUAUCGAUAUUCAAAAUCGUAUGAUGAUUGGUCGUAUUGAAUUUAUUAAUAAUGGAACAUUGUGUGCAUAUAAACAUAGAAAUUCGUUGGUGGGUAGUAAUUAUUCAAUACAAGAUAAUUUUGUGAUUGGUAUCGAUGCUCAGAAUGAGGGUGUAUAUGCUUUCACUGAUGAUUUUAUUGCCUAUUAUGAUUUUCAAUCAUGGAAUAUGACUGUCUGGCCAAAAACACUACCUAUUUCACCUCGUGCAAUCGAUUUUACUAACGAUUAUGGUGUACUAGCUGGUUAUUGUCAAGAUACACCAUCGCAGGCAUUCGAAUGUGCCAUGAUUGUAUUCGGCAGUGGAUCCUCAUCGAGCCCAUCGCAUGGAAGUCGUUUUUCUAUUGGAAGUUCAUUAAAUUUUUCAUGGGCUGACCUACGAAGUACUCACUUUGUUGCCACUGCUCGAGUUUAUUCAAUUACAAAUCUGAUGUCAGUUAGUAUUUCUACAAUUGCUAAUCGUGUGCUAAUUGGUAUUCGAGCACUUAAUGUUGCUCUACUAUAUGUUGUUGAUGAUCCGACUACUCCAAAUACAAUUUAUCCAGUGAGUACUCGUCAGACUGGUAUGAAUAGAAUGGGAUUCGGUCGAAGUAUCGUUUGGCUUGAUAAUCAAGGUAAAAAAGUAGCUAUUCUUGCCAAUCAAUAUACUUAUACCACAAAUGAAUGGAUAUCAUCUGCAUUUCAUAUCUAUGAUAUUGAAUCGGAUGGUUUUUCUGAUCAAACUCAACCAAUUCUUAUCUAUCCAAACAGUCAACAAAUAGUCGGUCCUUUAAUAAAUCCAUCCUUUAUUCGUCUUGUGUCUAGUCGAACAUCGGGCCAUCUAGGUAUUUUUGAUACAUCUGGUGAUGCUUCGAUCAUUCUCAGUGCACCACCAGGUUUCUAUCCAGCAACUGAUCGACCAAGUUAUUUCUCGACUUCUGUUCCAUGCAUUCGUGGUGCCAAUCGUUCAUAUGCAAGUAUUGAAUUAUGUAUACCAUGUGAAAAUGGAACAAUGAGCAGUUUAGACGGCACCAGUUGUGAAGCAUGCAGCGAUCCAGAUAUGUUUUGUCCAUAUGGAGCCGUUGCUGCAUUACCAUCCACUGCUCUCGAGUCUGUCGAGCAAGAGCAGGAUUAUCCUGAAUCACCUGAAACAACUAUUUUUGAUGAUCUGCUUAUGCAAAAUAUGUUUAGCUUCAAUACGAAAUCUCUACAUUGUGUUCUCGUCUCUCCUAUCACAUGGGUAUUGCUUGUAAUUGGUUUUGGUUCGUUGAUACUCAUUGCUAUGGCUAUUUCAACUGUCAUUUGUCCUGGUAAACAUCCUGUACGUGAUAAAGCUAAAGCUAUUUUUAAAAAGAUGGAUCUCAUUGGUGAAGGCGAGCUCUGGAUCGGUGGUUUAGUUUCGGCAGCUGUUGUAGUCCUUGUUAUUUGUGCUUAUAGUUUCUCCAAUGCCUAUUUUCAUCAAUAUCCUAUUGAAAGUGUUGUCGGCGAAAGUUUCUUUGCCUGUGAUACUAGUAUUCGUAAUGCGAAGUUUACUACUUCAAUGCAAAUGAAAAAAGCUCGUCAAGCAAAAGAAAUUCAACCUAUCUUUGAUUUACUCGAAGCACAAUCAUUUACACUUACUAUUGAUUUGAUCAAUACAGCUUUCACUUGUUCGGAUACAUUACUCGUACAACGUAUCAUUUCAUAUGCAUUUAUCAACCUCUCGAUAUCAUCAUGUACUAUGCACUAUAAUAAUAGUAUUGUUUCAUUAUCUAUCUUGCUUCCAUCACAUAAUAUGAAUAUGCAAGUGACAUUACCCGGACUGAGAACGGUGGGUGCCAUUCGUGUUGGUCUUACAGGUCCUGCUGCCACAUAUGAAGAUAGAAGAUACACACUUCUUGCACUCAAUGUUUCGUCGGUAUUUAUUCCAACAUCCUUUAAUAAUGUUCUAGCUCCAUCAACAGAAUAUACACUUCAGCUAUCUGAAAUUGUUAACCAAACAGAUCCAUUAAACGUAAAUGAUUUGUCAAAAUAUAGUGCUACUUGGUUUGCAACAUAUGAUGUUCGAACAGAUGAAUUGUUUACUCAACAGAAUCGAUAUUCGUUCUUUCAACGGAGCCAAACAAACCUGACUAUUACUAUCGAAGAAGAUGUUUAUUAUGUUAAAAAUGUACAACAACCAAUUGCACGUCAGACAGAAGUGAUUUUUCAUAAUCUUCUGUUCACUAUUGUCGUCUUAGAAUUGUUCGGACUUUUAUUUCUUGUGUGUAAACUGCUUAUCGUACCUCUUGUUCGAAGAAUACACGAACGUGUCCAUCGUUACCAUGCAAAGAAUCAAGUCAAUACAAAGGAAAAUGACGAUACCAAUACUGAAUCGACAGUUAUACCAUUACAGUGA